CUGGCUUUGUGUGUAAUGCGACGUGAAGAGGUCUAGACGGAAGAAAGCAAAAUAGAUAGGUAAAUAGGUUGAUCUCCAUUUGGAUUUUGUUUGCAAGCCUCUCCCUCCGCGGGAGUGGUGACGGGGUCACAAGCCAUGGAGAUAGCAUGCAGGGCCACUGGCGGGCUGAUGCCUCCAGAAAAGGGCAUUGCCACAUUAAAAGAAACAGUGCCCAGUUCUCCCCCAAAUGCUGCACCAGGCCCGAGGUUGGAGGGAUUGCAAGUGGAGACAAAGGUGGCAAUAGUCCGUAAUGUCAAAAAGGACAUUCCAGCAAAGAAAGACCGACUGGAGCCACUGAAGAUGGACAUGACCAAGCAAUUUCUGUUGCCACCCACCUCUGCCCAGCUCUCCCUGCAGUGCCUGGAGUGUCACAUAAUUUUCAGCGACCACAAGAGCAAGGAGCGCCACCUCAAGCAGAGUCACCCGGCCGAGUACGAGCAGUGCAUGCUGGGGGACGCCCUUUUCGCCUGCUACGUCUGCGACCGCCACUUCACCUGCUCCACCGAGCUCAUGGCCCACCAGCGCACCCACACCGAGAAGCAGCCGUUCAAGUGUCCCAUCUGCGGCGAAGCCUUUCGCAGGUCCUCCGAGCUCACCAUCCACAAGAAGGUCCACUUUGGCCUGCAUGGCUACACCUGCUCGGACUGCGGGAAGCCCUGCAAGACCCUGACCUUGCUGAAGUACCACCGGCGCACGCAUACUGGGGAGAGGCCCUACGUUUGCAAGGACUGCGGGAAAAGGUUCAGCAUGUCCAAGGCUCUCCAGAAGCAUGUGCUUACGCAUGCUCAAGAGGAAACGGGCGGGGAUGGGGUCGCAGACGGAACUGUAGUCCUGACCCCCACCGGAGAGGCCACACAGAUUAAGAAGUUGGGUGCCAGCCCGCAGUGUAAACCUGCCAUAACCUUCUCAUGUUCCCUGUGUGACGGGAUCUUCAAGACUGCAAAGACGAGGCUGCAACACAUGAAACUGAAACAUUCCCUGAGCAGAGAGACUGUGAAGAACAAUACAGCCACAAAGGGGGACCAUCGAAAUGCAGACCAGCCUGUGGAAACCCACACAGAGAUUUGUCUGCCUGCACAGGCCUUGCAACAUGUGCAAACAUUCGCACAAGGACCGCCAUUACAGCAGAUAGAAACACUUGGACAAGAGCAAAUGCAAGAGUUGAUUUCAACGUUUGGUCAAGAACAGGUAAAAGACAAGGUGGAGAUAAUGGGGCCAGAACAUACACAAGUACAGAAAGAAACAAAGGAACAGGGAGAGGCAGAGAGACAGAUGAAGGAACUAGAAUGGACCCAAAGACAGACUGAAACCCUGGUUCUAGAACAGACACAGGGACAGAGUGAAACAUUGUGUCUAGAGCAGAGGGUGCCUGAAACCCUGGUUCUAGAACACACACAAGGACAGACUGAAACAUUGUGUCUGGAACAGCAGGCACCCGAAACACUGGUUCUAGAACACACACAAGGACAGACUGAAACAUUGUGUCUGGAACAGCGGGCACCUGAAACACUGAUUCUAGAACAGACACAAGGACAGACUGAAACAUUGUGUCUAGAGCAGAGGGCGCCUGAAACUCUGGAUCUAGAACAUACACAAGGACAGACUGAAACAUUGUGUCUGGAACAGCGGGCACCUGAAACACUGAUUCUAGAACAGACACAGGGACAGAUUGAAACAUUAGGACAACAACAAAUAACGAGGCAGAUUGAAAUGUUGGAAUCAGAACAGACACAGAGGCAGGGGAAUGUAGAACAGAUGCAGUUACAAGCAGAAACAUUGGAACUGGACCUGACCCAAGCACAGAUAAAAACGAUGGUACUUGAGCAGACACAGAGACAUGUAGAGAUGAUGCAGCUAGAUAAUCUGGGACAGUUAAAGACACUGGAAUUAGGACAGACACAUUUGCAGGUAGUUGAGCAGACACAGUCGGCAAUGGAAACCAUUGAAUUAGAACUAACACAGGUGCAGGUGGAAACGGUGGAAUUGGAAUUGACAGAGGUCCAGGUGGACACGGUGGAAUUAGAUCUGACCCAGGUCCGAAUGGAAACUGAUGAAUUGAAUCUGGCACAGGUACAAAUGGAGGCUGCAGAGUUAGAAUUGGAACAGGUGAAAACUUCUGAAUUAGAACAGACAGAGAAACAGAUGCAGACGUGGGAACAAAUGGAACGGCACGCUCAAAACAAGAGCAAAGGAGCAAGUAAAGCCUAA